UUUUUUUUUUUAAAUACAGCUUUACAGUGUUAUUGUCAUCUCUGUACAAAAGACAACUUUACAUGCGUGACAGAUGGGCUCUGCUUUACCUCAGUGACACGGACUUUAGACAAAGUCAUGCACAAUAGCAUGUGCAUAGCAGAAAUUGAUCUGAUUCCCCGAGACAGGCCAUUUGUUUGUGCUCCCUCCUCAAGAGAUGGAGUUAUUACUAAUCCUCAUUGCUGUGAUAAAGACCUCUGCAAUAAAUUAGAUCUUCCAAUUCCAACACCAGGCCCUACUCCAGGAAAACCUGCAUCUAGUCUAGGACCUGUGGAACUGGCUGCUGUCAUUGCUGGACCAGUAUGCUUUGUUUGCAUUUCAUUAAUGUUAAUUCUGUAUAUCUGCCAUAAUCGUACUGUCAUUCACCAUCGUGUACCAAGUGAAGAAGAUCCCUCAUUGGAUCGUCCCUUUAUAUCAGAAGGAACUACUUUAAAAGACUUAAUUUACGAUAUGACUACUUCAGGCUCUGGGUCAGGUCUUCCCUUACUUGUUCAAAGAACAAUUGCGAGAACCAUAGUACUACAAGAAAGCAUUGGAAAAGGUCGCUUUGGAGAAGUCUGGCGAGGAAAAUGGAGAGGAGAAGAAGUAGCAGUGAAAAUAUUCUCUUCAAGGGAAGAACGCUCAUGGUUUCGUGAGGCAGAAAUUUAUCAAACUGUUAUGCUACGUCAUGAAAACAUUCUUGGAUUUAUAGCUGCAGACAAUAAAGACAAUGGUACGUGGACUCAGCUCUGGCUUGUGUCAGAUUACCAUGAGCAUGGAUCACUCUUUGAUUAUCUGAACAGAUAUACAGUCACUGUGGAAGGAAUGAUAAAAUUAGCUUUGUCAACUGCCAGUGGACUUGCACAUCUUCAUAUGGAGAUUGUUGGCACUCAAGGAAAACCAGCAAUUGCUCACAGAGAUUUGAAAUCAAAAAAUAUAUUGGUAAAAAAGAAUGGGACAUGUUGUAUUGCAGAUUUAGGAUUGGCAGUAAGACACGAUUCAGCAACUGACACAAUUGAUAUUGCCCCAAACCACCGAGUGGGCACAAAGAGGUACAUGGCUCCUGAAGUUCUAGAUGAUUCCAUAAAUAUGAAACACUUUGAGUCAUUCAAGCGAGCUGACAUCUAUGCAAUGGGCUUAGUAUUUUGGGAAAUAGCUCGGCGAUGUUCAAUUGGUGGAAUUCAUGAAGAUUACCAGUUACCAUACUAUGACCUAGUCCCAUCAGAUCCCUCAGUUGAAGAAAUGAGGAAAGUUGUUUGUGAGCAGAAGCUGAGGCCCAAUAUUCCCAAUAGAUGGCAAAGCUGUGAGGCUUUAAGAGUAAUGGCAAAAAUUAUGCGGGAAUGUUGGUAUGCCAAUGGAGCAGCCAGGCUAACAGCUUUACGUAUUAAGAAAACAUUAUCACAGCUCAGUCAACAGGAAGGCAUAAAAAUGUAAUCCUAGAUUUGCUACUGAAAAACACUCUACAGAUCCAUAUCUGCACCUGGGUGGCGUGCUUAGAAGGUUAAUUGUUCUACCUCACUGAGGGAACAGAAGGUUAUUGAUGCCUUUUGAUACUUCAUAGGAACGUCAUUUAUUAGCCCCAGGGUUCUUGUGGACAUGGUAAACCGUUAUGUUGAAUUUUUUCUGUGCACUAUGAACACCUCCUUCCCAGGACACUUAUAAAAUAUUGUGUAGCCUCUUAUUUUUAUUAACAUGUAACCUUGAUUUUAAAAGUUGAUUGCUGGUCUUAACUUUUAGUUAACUGCUGGAAAUAUGAAGAUUGUUUCUAAGAUAGUGCAACUGGUUCAUUAAAUUGUAUACAGUGCAUUGGGGGGGAGGGGGUUAAAUGAUUUAUUCCUGAUUUGGUACAUUGAGUAUUCUAAACUACUGUAAGACAACUUUGAUUCAGUUUUUGAAUGUACUAUUACAGUGUACCUUUCUAGUUACCACGGUUACAUCUAUUGGACACUUACCUUGAUUUACAAAAAUGACCUCUUUUAGUUAUGGGGAACAUAAUUUAUGCAAUCUUUUUUUCUAUACUAUUACUGCUCUUUCACUUAUUCAGAACAUUGCAUUGCCUUCAAAAUAGAUUGUACUUCACCAGUAAGUGCCACUUUUGAGUCUUUCUAAUGCAAAUCAGUGGGAACAUAAGUCUAUGGUACUUUUGGUUUCAAAAUUAAGAGUUCAAAAAUUCAGUUACUUUGUUGCUUAGCUAAAGAUAUAAUUCACAUUAUUCAAUAUGGUUACAUUCUUCUUGGAAUAUGUUUCUUUUAACAAAAUUGAUUCUUAAACCACUUAAGGAAUUAGUUUAUUUACUGUCAUAGCCUGUUCUAUAAAUGUCACAUGCCAUGAGUUGUAAUUAUAUCUAAGAAGAAUUGUUUUAAUCAAGUGGUAUUCUUAAAAAGCAGGUAGUACCUGUAUCUAUGUGAAGUAGAAGAAGGGCUAAUGGCUUUUUAAGAAAAAGAGGGUUGUUCUUUGCCACUUGUGGAAAAACUUACUUUUUGUGCAGUUCUGCAAAGCCUUUUUUAUUAUUAUUAUUUGCUCAGAAUCAGUAUUAUUUGCAAAUAAGAGUUAACUGAAUCUGUAAUUAUAUGUAAUGUUUGGGCUUGAUUUUUUUAGAAAGUUAAAAGCUGCUUAUAAAUUAUACAUUCAUAUACUUUGUGUAUAUGUCUCAGACUGAAAAUGACAAGCCGCAAGUCUUUGGAUACAAAUACCAGAAGGUUCUAAAACCCUCAUGAUAACUACAAGAGCAAAGCUAGGCAGGUUUGUGUUGUUAUAAGAACCCGGAAAAAUAUGCAGAGCUUUAUUCAAGAUUUACCUAAAUUCUACAGACUAUCACAGAAUUUUAACAAACUUAAUAUAACAAUUUUGUGACCAACUUUCUGAAUGAAUAACAUUUUAUGGUGAAUAAAAAACCAGAAGUUGAGGAGAAAUUAGCUGUCUUAAGAAGUUUUUCAGGGGAGUUUAGGCUUUGGGAUAGAAGGUAUAGUUUAGUCUGCCUACUACCAAUUUGAUUGUUGC